GUUGGGGAAGGGGGGGGCUCCUGGGCAGCGGCCGAGCUCUGUGGCUUCAGGGCUUGGAAGGAGAGAGGGAGGGUGGCGAGGAGAGUGAGUCGGUGCCGCCGCCGCCCGCCCGCCUGAGGAAAGAGGAGGGGUCCCGCUCGCCUUGCGCCCUCGGCGGGCCGCGAGCGCGGAGCAGUCGCGGAACUCCCAGGCCUCUCGGCCCCUGGGGACCCCGCCCCGCCGCCCGCCGGCCCGCGGCCUGUCUUCCCUUUGUGAGCGCCCCCUUCCCAGGGGUGCUGGUGGUGGCGGAGGGGUGCGCGUGGGCCCGCCCGCCCGCCGAGGGGCCGCGGCGGGGGACCGACAGGGCCUCGGCUGUGAGGACCGGAGGCGGCCGAGGCCCGGGCCGGUUCCCCCGAGGCGGCGGCGGCGGCGGCGGCGGCUCCCGGCACUUCCCCGCGCCAUCUUAACUGAGCCCGAGCGUUAAGGGCGCCUCCUCGACCCCGGUCGUCCCCUCGUCCCCCCCUCCUCCCCCCGGCCCCUUGUCGCAGAGCCUGGGCUGGGCGGCUGGGGGGGGGGGACGGCGGUCUGUCGCCGGGCCCCCUCCUCCUCCUCACUCCUCGCUCUCCAGCGCCGCGGCCACCGGAGCGCUCCAGGGGUCUGCGCCUGCCCACUCCGCCCCAGACCUGCCGGCGAACGGGUUGAUGUCAGUGUGGCUUUAUUCAUACAGAUGAACCAAGCAUUGGGAUAGCAGUAUAAAAUUAGAAUCAGACAGCUGACUGCGCAGCAGGAUGCCAUCAACUAACAGAGCAGGCAGUCUAAAGGACCCUGAGAUUGCAGAGCUCUUCUUCAAAGAAGAUCCGGAAAAGCUCUUCACAGACCUCAGAGAAAUCGGCCAUGGGAGCUUUGGAGCAGUAUAUUUUGCUCGAGAUGUGCGUACUAAUGAAGUGGUGGCCAUCAAGAAAAUGUCUUAUAGUGGAAAGCAGUCUACUGAGAAAUGGCAGGAUAUUAUUAAGGAAGUCAAGUUUCUACAAAGAAUAAAACAUCCCAACAGUAUAGAAUAUAAAGGCUGCUAUUUACGGGAACACACCGCUUGGCUUGUAAUGGAAUAUUGUUUGGGAUCUGCCUCAGAUUUACUAGAAGUUCAUAAAAAGCCAUUACAAGAAGUGGAAAUAGCAGCAAUUACACAUGGUGCUCUCCAGGGAUUAGCUUAUUUACAUUCUCAUACCAUGAUCCAUAGAGAUAUCAAAGCAGGAAAUAUCCUUCUGACAGAGCCAGGCCAGGUGAAACUUGCUGACUUUGGAUCUGCUUCCAUGGCCUCCCCUGCCAAUUCUUUUGUGGGAACACCAUAUUGGAUGGCCCCAGAAGUAAUUUUAGCCAUGGAUGAAGGACAGUAUGAUGGCAAAGUUGAUGUAUGGUCUCUUGGAAUAACAUGUAUUGAAUUAGCGGAGAGGAAGCCUCCUUUAUUUAAUAUGAAUGCAAUGAGUGCCUUAUAUCACAUAGCCCAAAAUGAAUCCCCUACACUACAGUCUAAUGAAUGGUCUGAUUAUUUUCGCAACUUUGUAGAUUCUUGCCUCCAGAAAAUCCCUCAAGAUCGCCCUACUUCAGAGGAACUUUUAAAGCACAUGUUUGUUCUUCGAGAGCGCCCGGACACAGUGUUAAUAGAUCUUAUUCAAAGGACAAAGGAUGCAGUAAGAGAGCUGGACAAUCUGCAGUAUAGAAAGAUGAAGAAACUCCUUUUCCAGGAGGCACAUAAUGGACCAGCGGUAGAAGCACAGGAAGAAGAAGAGGAGCAAGAUCAUGGUGUUGGCCGGACAGGAACAGUGAAUAGUGUUGGAAGUAAUCAGUCUAUUCCCAGUAUGUCUAUCAGUGCCAGCAGUCAAAGCAGCAGUGUUAACAGUCUUCCAGACGCCUCGGAUGACAAGAGUGAGCUAGACAUGAUGGAGGGAGACCAUACAGUAAUGUCUAACAGUUCUGUCAUCCACUUAAAACCUGAGGAGGAAAAUUACAGAGAAGAAGGAGAUCCUAGAACAAGAGCAUCAGAUCCACAGUCUCCACCUCAAGUGUCUCGUCACAAAUCACAUUAUCGUAAUAGAGAACACUUUGCAACUAUAAGAACAGCAUCACUGGUUACAAGGCAGAUGCAAGAGCAUGAGCAGGACUCUGAACUUCGAGAACAGAUGUCUGGUUACAAGCGGAUGAGGCGGCAGCAUCAAAAGCAGCUGAUGACUCUGGAAAAUAAACUAAAGGCGGAGAUGGAUGAACACCGUCUCAGAUUAGACAAAGAUCUUGAAACUCAGCGUAACAAUUUCGCUGCAGAAAUGGAGAAACUUAUCAAGAAACACCAAGCUGCUAUGGAAAAAGAGGCUAAAGUGAUGGCCAAUGAGGAGAAAAAAUUCCAGCAGCACAUUCAGGCUCAACAGAAGAAAGAACUGAAUAGCUUUCUGGAGUCCCAAAAAAGAGAAUAUAAACUUCGAAAAGAGCAGCUUAAGGAGGAGCUGAAUGAAAACCAGAGCACACCUAAAAAAGAAAAGCAGGAAUGGCUUUCCAAGCAGAAGGAGAACAUACAACACUUCCAGGCAGAAGAAGAAGCUAACCUUCUUCGACGCCAAAGGCAGUAUCUAGAGCUAGAAUGUCGCCGCUUCAAGAGAAGAAUGUUACUUGGGCGACAUAACUUGGAACAGGACCUUGUCAGGGAGGAGUUAAACAAAAGGCAGACUCAGAAGGACUUAGAACAUGCAAUGCUACUACGACAGCAUGAAUCCAUGCAAGAACUGGAGUUUCGCCACCUCAACACUAUUCAGAAGAUGCGCUGUGAGUUGAUCAGACUGCAGCAUCAAACUGAGCUCACUAACCAGCUGGAAUACAAUAAGCGAAGGGAACGGGAACUAAGACGAAAACAUGUUAUGGAAGUUCGACAACAACCUAAGAGUUUAAAGUCUAAAGAACUCCAGAUAAAAAAGCAGUUUCAGGAUACAUGUAAAAUUCAAACCAGACAGUACAAAGCAUUAAGAAACCACCUACUGGAGACUACACCAAAGAGUGAGCACAAAGCCGUUCUGAAGAGACUCAAGGAGGAACAGACUCGGAAGUUAGCCAUCUUGGCUGAGCAGUAUGAUCAUAGCAUUAAUGAAAUGCUCUCCACACAAGCUCUGCGUUUGGAUGAAGCACAGGAAGCAGAAUGCCAGGUUUUGAAGAUGCAGCUGCAGCAGGAACUGGAGCUACUGAAUGCAUAUCAGAGCAAAAUCAAGAUGCAGGCUGAGGCCCAACAUGAUCGAGAGCUUCGAGAGCUGGAACAGAGGGUCUCCCUUCGCAGAGCACUCUUAGAACAAAAGAUUGAAGAAGAGAUGUUGGCUUUGCAGAAUGAACGCACAGAACGAAUACGUAGCCUGCUUGAACGUCAAGCCAGAGAAAUUGAAGCUUUUGACUCUGAAAGCAUGAGACUAGGUUUCAGUAACAUGGUCCUUUCUAAUCUCUCCCCUGAGGCAUUCAGCCACAGCUACCCAGGAGCUUCUAGUUGGUCUCACAAUCCUACUGGGGGUCCCGGACCUCACUGGGGUCAUCCCAUGGGUGGCACACCACAAGCUUGGGGCCAUCCAAUGCAAGGUGGACCCCAGCCUUGGGGUCAUCCCUCAGGGCCAAUGCAAGGGGUCCCUCGAGGUAGCAGUAUGGGAGUCCGCAAUAGCCCCCAGGCUCUGAGGCGGACAGCUUCUGGGGGACGGACAGAACAGGGCAUGAGCAGAAGCACGAGUGUCACUUCACAAAUAUCCAAUGGGUCACACAUGUCUUACACAUAAUAAUUGAAAGUGGCAAUUCCGCUGGAGCUGUCUGCCAAAAGAAACUGCCUACAGAAAUCAUCACCGCAGCCUCCUCACUUGGGUACUACCAUGUGGAAGCUGAGUGCAUAUGGUAUAUUUUAUUCGUUUUUGUAAAGUGUUACGUUUUGUGUUUACUAAUUGGGUUGUCAUAGUAUUUGGCUGCCGGGUUUUUGUGGUUGGCUUUUUGUUUCUUUGUUUUUAACUUUUGGAAAAUUUUAAAAGUGGGAAUAGAUAAAUAUUUCAUGUGUGUGGCAAAAAGAAAUUGGCUUAAUAGAAGGGGUUUUAUCUGAAGAAUGUCAAAAUAAAAUGAAGCAAACUGGCCUCAGUCAUCACUUUAGGAUGUCCAUAGCCUAAGAAGUUUAUUGGAAGAUCUACAGCCUUCCUCCCUAUUCCACAGUCUGUGAGCCACUGAGGGCAGGUAACAUCUGUGCUGAAACACACCUCCACUCCUUACCAGUGUGUUUCCUUUCUUUAUGAAAUGGGCCUGACUUCCCAACCUCAUUUGGACUAAAAAGCAGAAAACCAUGAACAUUAAAAGAUUGUAUUCACCUUUUCAGGUGGUUAAAAAUCAUGUAGUUCUUUGCUAAGUGCUUCAGAAGUUUGUCGCUGAUUUUGUGGGUUCUAUCAUUAUAAGAUAGAGUUGCUUAAGGAGAUCAUAAGCUGUGUGGAGAUUGCACUACCAAGCCUGUGAACUAUCAGAGGGAAAAACCAGAAGGUCAGGGGACCCUGAAAGUUCCUGUGAUAGAUAUGUUCAGCAUGGAGUGAGGAGCUAAAGCCUCUCUAUUCCUACAUUUUGUCUCUUGUACAGUGAGAUCUCAUGCUACCCAAACUCUAAGACCCCAGACAGUACUUUUGCUUGUUGUACAAAAACAAAGACACUUAGCCAACACAGAGCAGAUGCCAGAGGUAUUUGAAUGAUGCCAUAUUUGUGAACUGCCACCUAUUAGAAUAUUCAUCACACUACACAGACAUAAUUUUAUUACCCCCUUUUUGGCGUAUGGGAUUUCCUGUUUACAAGUAGCAAUAGUUAUUUAUUUAGUUGCCACCAGGAGUCUGAGCCAAUGCCUACCAGCCGCUGACUAAUCCUCACACUGUGGGUGCCGCUUCGUGUGCAGGUCCUCUGUGUUCAGCCGCUGUUGUAUUGCUGCGUACCUUACAGACUUAGUUCGAUGGGGACCACCUUGGUCCAUGUUAAUAUCACACAAUAGCAGAUCCCUUUCAGAAGUCUCCAGCUUAGUGCUGAAAUACUACUGAGAAGAAACUAGUAGUUUGGUGAGUGAAAGAAAACAACAACAAAAAUUAAAAGUAAGUUCUAUAGUGGUCAGGGACCACUAACUGGGAAAUGUGUUCUCUUUUUCAAUGAAGGAUCAAUCCAGUGGUCUACGUCAGUGCUAGUUUGUCCUCUGGUUGCUUGUGGAGGGUGUGAGUUGGAGGUAGACAAGGGGCAGUGCCAUUUUUAGUGACAGACCAGAGUUUCUUACAAGUUAUUGCCCUGCUCCCCUUUCCGUUGUCUUGAAGAGCUCUUGUUGCUAACUCUGGGUCCUGCUUUUCCUGGAAUUUAGAGGGUAAGAACACACUUAAUCAUACUUAGAACAAACUAGCGACCAAAUUGUCAUCUGCUACUAUUGACGUUCUUUCUUUUCUUAACAUUUUAUGUCUUGUCCAGGUAUGUCAUUCCAGUCUCCAUGACUUACCCCCUUAAGGAAUUUCUGACUUUGGUUUGAGGGUUUCUGACACUAGUUAAAAGAAAAAUUAGAUCAGGGUGUAGUAGCACAUGCUUAUAAUUCCAGCACUUGGGAAGUGGGAGUCUGGGGUUCAAGGCUGCCUUCAUCUGUCUCACGAAGGGCAGAAAGAAAGAUGCUAUAAUAUAGAUUCUUGGAAAACCAAUAGAAGGUUGACAGUAAAGUUUACACACACUUCUAGGCAGGGUUUAAGCAUGUUCUAUGUCAGUUUUUAGGUGAAAAAAUAACUAAUGAAAGGGCUCUUAGUUUUCUGUCUUUUGCAUUCAAAACACUAUUCAAGAGUUUCAAACAAAUUGAGAGCUCUAUAUAUUUGGAGGAAAUAAGGGAAAGCUUUAGAUUUAAUAGGAUGUUCAAAACUAUAACAGAAGGCCAUCUUUUAUAAGAUGGUCUUAUAAAACCAUUAAAAACCAUUUUUCAUACAUCUGGCCCCUAUCUGCUCCCGGAGGGUUAGAAUGGGAAAGCAAGUCAGAUGUGAAUUAAAAAAUUCCUUCAGACUCCAAACUACUACCAGAGAUACACUUUAUAGUCCAGCUGUGAGCUUCACUUGGUCAGAUUGAGUGACUGAGUCCAUUUUGAUCGUAAUGCACUCAUACUAGUGUGAUUGAAUACUAUGUGUCAUGUCCAAUAGGAAUUUCUGCCUUAUCUAAUUGUGUGGCACCCAGUUUUCCCAUGUAGGUCAUGAUUAUACGAUCAAUUUAGUUAAAAUACAUGUGGUUUGCAAAAUGAUUAAAAUUAAUAGGUUUGUGUGUUUGUAAGUGCUAACUUCUGAGGAAUCAUGUACACGGCAGAAAUUAUCACAGUUUUUAACUGGUAGCAGGAAAUUUUGAAAGGGUUUGAAAUACCCUGAAGAUAAGGCAAGUACUAUCUGGGGGUGGGGGGGAGUAGAAAUGUAAACAUUUGACCAAAUUAGCACUACCUCCUCCCCAGUUAAUUCACUUAUUAUAUGUGUGUUGAAGAAAGUGAAAGUGUGGAAAAAUGGGUAGUGCACCAGAAGUUAUGGAUAUAUUUCUAGUAUCCAGAACCUAACAGGGAAACGUUUCUUGUUCUACCUUUCUUGGGUCAGCAUUUUAAAAAUACAAAGCUUCAUAUCUUAGAUAUUUUAUUUCUCAUUAAAUUCACUGCCCUUUGCACAUAACUUUUCUUUUAAACUUAGCUCUAACCCUAAAUUGUGACAUCAGAAAGUGUUUACACUGUGUAAACAAUGUUUGCUGAAAGUGUGUUUAUAUUUUAGAGUUCCUAUUCUGCACAUUUCCAUAACUAGAGAUGAAUAGUCCUGAUUAUAAUGUCACAUCCACAGAUGAAACACACUUAGUCUCAAGUCAAGGCCUUGCUAGUAAGUGGGGCUUUGUACAUCGUCAUUAUGAUUUUUUGACUGCCUGGAUACCAAGUAAACAACAUUCAGAACACUAAAGAAACUGACCUACAGAUCCAUCCUGCUACUAACAAGUUUUUGUGUACAUCCUUUUUUUUUUUUCCCAGAUCUUAAGGCAGAAUUUAGUAAGUUUGUGCUUCUGUAAAUGUCUAGCAUUUUAAACAUAUAUAGAAUACAUUGUUUUGGACACUGGAAUAAUAUGAUUUAUUUUCACCUAUAAAAAUGAUUUCAUUGUACUUGAACACCUUUGCAUUUCUCCAUUUGUGCCAUUUACAAGUGGAAAUAAAUUGUAUUAUACCAUGA